AUGGCGAAUCCCGGAGGAGGUGCCGAAGCCUUCGCGCGAUUCAAGCAGUAUGAGUACCGCGCCAACUCCUCCCUCGUGCUCAACCUCGAGUCGCGUCCGCGCGACUCGCACGAGCCGACGGGCGAGCCGGAAACCCUCUGGGGCCGCGUCGACAUGAAGAAAUUCGGCGACCGGGCCGGCCACGGCAGGCCCAAGGAGGUGGAGGAAGCUGCGAAGAAGAAGCGCGAGAAGCGCGAGAAGGACCGGCUGAAAUCCCUCGCGGCCGGCGGAACCUCCGCGGCCGGCACCGGCGGCGACGUCGGUUUGGAUCUGCUCGGGAAGAAGUCGACCAAGCGGCAGAAGCGCGGCGGAGGCGCCGGCGGCGGCGGUGCGGGUGGCGGGCCGGGCGGGGCGGGAUUUCAGGAGGACACGGUGCUGUCAUUGGUCGACGACGGGAUGUACCGCCCGCGGACGCGCGAGACGCGCGCCGCGUACGAGCUUCUGCUUAGCCUCAUCCAGCAGCAGUUCGGGGACCAGCCGCAGGACGUUUUGCGCGGCGCGGCGGACGAGGUUCUAACGGUCCUUAAAGACGACAAGCUGACGGAUCCGGAGCGGAAGCGCGAGAUCGAGAAGCUUCUGAACGCGAUGCCGAACGAGCGGUUCGCGGAGUUCGUCGCGCUGGGGAAGCGCAUCACGGACUACGAGCAGGGCGGCGGAGGGGGGGGCGGAGGCGGAGGCGGAGCCGGCGGAGACGGGGAGGGCGGAGCGGGGGAGGCGCUAGACGACGAUAUCGGCGUGGCGGUGGAAUUCGAAGAGGAAGAGGAUGAGGAUGAUGAAGAUUUGGACGAGAUUCAGGAGGAAGAUGAGGACGAGGAGGAGGAGGAGGGCGCGGAAGGCGGAGACGGCGGAGAGGGCGCGGGGGACGGCGGAAUGCAGAUGGCGGGCGCGCUCGACGACGACGAGGAGCGAGAGGAGGAGGGGCUGAGCGUACAGGACAUCGACGCCUAUUGGCUGCAGCGCAAGAUCGCGCAGGCGUACGCCACGUCAGCAGGCGGCGGAAUCGACCCGCAGCAGAGCCAGAAGCUCGCGGCGGAGGCGCUGGGGAUUCUGGAGGCGGCGGGCGGGGAAGGGGACGGGGGAGGGGGAGGCGGAGGCGGAGGGGGGGCGUCGGGGUGGGGCGCAGGCGCGGGCGCGGACGAGCAGCAGCGUGAGGCGGAGAAUAAGCUUGUGCGGCUUCUGGAUUACGAUAAAUUCGAUCUAAUCAAGCUUUUACUGCGCAACAGGCUGAAGAUUGUGUGGUGUACGCGGCUGGCGCGCGCGGAGGACGACGCGGAGCGGAAGCGCAUCGAGGGGGAGAUGACGGAGAAGGGGGACCGCGCGCUGCGCGCGAUUCUGGAGCAGCUGCACGCGACGCGCGCGUCCGCCAAGGAGAGGCAGCGGAACCUGGAGCGCAGCAUACGCGAGGAGGCGCGGAAGCUCCGCGAAGGGGGCGCGGGAGGCGCGGGGGGAGCAGGGGAGGGGAUGGAGGGUGACGAGAUGGAGAUUGGGCGGAAGGGGGAGAGAGGGGGGAAGGGCGGGGAGGAGGGGGAAGCGGGGGGAGGGGGAGGCGGAAGAGGUGGGGGAGGCGGAGGGGGAGGGUGGUUGAAGGGGCAGCGGCAGAUGCUAGACCUAGAUUCCCUCGGUUUCUCCCAGGGCAGCUGGCUUAUGGCCAACAAACGUUGCGAGCUGCCCGAAGGCUCGUACCGGGCACCCAAAAAAGGUUACGAGGAGGUCCACGUGCCGGCCCUGAAGCCCAAGCCUCUGGGCAAGGGCGAGGAGCUGGUGAAAAUUUCCGACCUGCCCGAGUGGGCUCAGCCCGCGUUCGGCGAGACCAAAACCCUAAACCGCAUCCAGAGCAGGGUUUACGAAACCGCGCUGUUUACCCCGGAAAAUAUGCUGCUCUGCGCGCCGACCGGGGCAGGAAAAACAAACGUUGCGAUGCUGACGAUCUUGCACGAGAUUGGGCUGCACAGGAGGGAGGACGGGAGUAUUGACCUGUCGGGCUUUAAGAUUGUGUAUGUGGCGCCUAUGAAAGCGCUGGUGGCGGAACUGGUGGGGAAUCUGGGGAACCGGCUGAAGGAGUAUGGCGUGAGCGUGAAGGAGCUGACUGGAGAUGCCUCGCUGACUCGGCAGCAGAUUGAAGAGACCCAGAUCAUAGUGACCACCCCAGAGAAGUGGGACAUCAUAACACGAAAAGCCGGAGACCGCACGUACACACAGCUAGUCCGGCUGGUGAUCAUCGACGAGAUUCACCUCCUGCACGACCACCGCGGGCCCGUCCUCGAGAGCAUCGUCGCCCGAACCGUGCGCCAAGUUGAAAGCACGCAGGAGAUGAUCCGACUCGUCGGGCUGUCCGCUACUCUCCCCAACUACGAGGACGUGGCGAUUUUUCUGCGCGUGGAUUUGGACAAGGGGCUGUUUUAUUUCGAUAAUUCGUUCCGCCCGUGCCCGCUCGCGCAGCAGUAUAUCGGGAUCACCGUUCGGAAGCCGCUGCAGCGGUUUCAGCUGAUGAAUGACAUCUGUUAUGAGAAGGUGGUGGAGUGCGCCGGGCGGCACCAGGUGCUGGUUUUUGUCCAUUCCCGGAAAGAGACGGGGAAGACCGCCCGCGCGGUGCGGGACGCGGCUCUGGCUGCGGAUACGCUGGGGCGGUUUUUGAAGGAGGAUGGGGCGAGUAGGGAGAUUUUGGCGAGUGAGGCGGAGAGUGUGAAGAGUGGGGAGCUGAGGGACCUGCUGCCGUAUGGGUUUGCCAUCCACCAUGCCGGGCUGGCCCGGGCGGAUAGGACGCUUGUGGAGGAUUUAUUCGCUGAUGGUCACAUUCAGGUGCUUGUGUCUACCGCCACUCUCGCAUGGGGUGUGAACCUCCCCGCCCACACUGUCAUUAUCAAGGGCACGCAGGUGUACAACCCAGAGAAGGGCGCAUGGACGGAGCUCUCCCCCUUAGACGUCAUGCAGAUGCUGGGGCGGGCGGGGCGGCCGCAGUAUGACACUUAUGGAGAGGGUGUGAUUAUAACGGGGCAUGGCGAGCUGCAGUUCUACCUGUCGCUGCUGAACCAGCAGCUCCCCAUAGAGUCACAGCUGCUGUCCCGCCUGGCUGACAGUCUGAACGCUGAAGCUGUGCUAGGCACGGUGCACAACGCACGGGAGGCAUGCCGGUGGCUGGGCUACACGUACCUGUACAUCCGCAUGCUGCGCAACCCCCCUCUGUACGGCAUAUCGGCUGAUGACGCUGAGAGGGACCCCGUGUUGGAAGAGAGGCGAGCAAACCUGAUCCACUCAGCAGCAGUGCAGCUGGAUCGCAACAACCUCAUGAAGUACGACCGCAAGUCAGGAGUCUUCCAGGUGACUGAUCUGGGGCGCAUCGCCUCCUUCUACUACAUCUCGCAUGGCACCAUCGCGACGUACAACGAGCACUUAAAGCCCACGAUGGGCGACAUUGACCUGUGCCGCCUCUUCUCUCUUUCCGAAGAGUUCAAGUACGUGGGCGUGCGCGAGGAGGAGAAGCUGGAGCUGGCGAAGCUGCUGGAGCGAGUGCCCAUCCCCGUGAAGGAGGGCAUUGAAGAGCCCAGCGCCAAGAUCAACGUGCUGCUGCAGGCGUACAUCAGUCAGCUGCAGCUGGAUGGGCUCUCACUCGUUUCUGACAUGGUCUACGUCACUCAGUCCGCCGGUCGGCUUAUGAGAGCGCUAUUCGAGAUCAUCCUAAGGAGGGGGUGGGCGCGGCUGGCAGAGCGGGCACUCAACCUCUGCAAGAUGGUGUCCCGCCGCAUGUGGGCUGCCCAGUCGCCCCUGCGGCAGUUCAAGGGAGUGCCGCUUGAGAUCAUUGCCAAGCUGGAAAGGAAGGACCUCGUGUGGGAGCGAUACUACGACCUCUCAUCCCAGGAGCUUGGGGAGCUAGUUCGCAUGCCGAAGCUCGGCAAGACUCUGCACAAGCUGGUGCACCAGUUCCCUCGUCUCGAGCUGGCGGCCCAAGUCCUCCCAAUCACCCGCUCCGUCCUGCGCGUCGAUCUCACCAUAACGCCCGACUUCCAGUGGGAGGAGAAGCUGCACGGCUUCGUGGAGCCCUUCUGGGUCAUCGUGGAGGAUCAUGAUGGAGACACCAUCCUACACCACGAGCUAUUCCUUCUCAAGAUGCAGUACGCGCAAGAGGAUCACUACCUCUCGUUUACGGUCCCGAUCUUUGAGCCGCUGCCGCCGCAGUAUUUUGUGAAGGUCGUUUCGGACCGUUGGAUCGGCGCGCAGACCGUGCUGCCCGUGAGCUUCCGCCACCUUAUUCUGCCCGAGAAAUUCCCGCCGCCCACCGAGCUGCUGGACCUGCAGCCGCUGCCGGUUACCGCGUUACGUAACGCGGCGUUCGAGGCGCUGUACGCUGGAGAAGCAGCGGCAGGCCUGGUUUCCACCGAUGCUGGUGGUUCGGGGACGGUCCGGCGGGGCAUUUCGCACUUUAACCCCAUUCAGACGCAGGUGUUUACGGUUCUGUACAACACUGACGACAACGUCCUGCUGGCCGCGCCCACAGGCAGCGGGAAAACAAUCUGCGCGGAGUUCGCAAUCCUCCGCAUGCUGCAGGCAAAAGCCUCCGGCGGGAACUCGGGCAGUCCGGACGAAAUUUCGUACGGCGGGCGGUGCGUGUAUGUGGCUCCAGUGGAAGCAAUUGUGAAGGAGAGGGCGAAGGAGUGGGGGGAGAGGUUCGGGAAGAUGCUCGGCGGAGGGGGGAAGGUUAAGGUUGGGGAGCUUACGGGGGAGAGUGGGACGGAUUUGAAGCUGCUGGAGAGGAGUAACAUUGUUGUGAGCACUCCGGAGCGGUGGGACCAGCUGAGCCGAAGGUGGAAGCAGAGGCGCGCCGUGCAACAGACAGGUGGGUGUGAGCACGUGAGCACACUGGAGCGGUGGGACCAGCUGAGCCGACGAUGGAAGCAGAGGCGCGACAUGCAGCAGGUGGACCUCUUUAUAGUGGACGAGCUACACUUGAUCGGCGGUCACAACGGCUCCAUUCUCGAGGUCAUUACCUCCCGCAUGCGCUACAUCAGCUCCCAGUCCGCAGCAUCCGCAGCGGCAGGGGGCGGGCUGGGGGCGUCCGGAGGGGCCAACAGCCAGCAGGCGGCAGGGGGACACAGGAUCCGCAUCGUGGCGCUGGCGGCGGCGCUGGCGAAUGCGCGGGAUCUGGGCGAGUGGGUGGGGGCGAGCUCCCACGGGCUCUUCAACUUCUCCCCCGCUGUGCGCCCCGUGCCCCUGGAGAUCCACAUUCAGGGCUUUGACGUCUCCAACUUCGAUGCGCGCAUGCAGGCCAUGACCAAGCCGGCCUACACGGCCAUAAUGAACCACACGGCUCGCUCCAGCAAGCCAGCCCUCGUCUUCGUCCCCACCCGCAAGCACGCCCGCCUCACCGCUCUCGACCUCUGCGCUUUCGCUGCCGGCGACGCCGGGGCCACUCUCGCCGCGGCCGCCAACGCGGACGGGACCUCCGGUGCUGCUGGGAACGCCGAUGGGACGACCUCUGCUGCAGCUCUGGCGGCGGCUUCCCCGUUUCUGCACUGUGGGGAGGAGGACUUGGUGCCGUUUCUGGCGCGCGUGAAGGACGAGGGGCUGCGGCACGGGCUGACGUUUGGAGUGGCGUAUCUGCACGAGGGGUUGAGUGCGGUGGAGCAGGAGGUGGUGCAGCAGCUGUUCACCGCCGGGGCUAUCCAGGUGUGCGUGGCAGUGAGCUCCCUGUGCUGGUCCAUAUUCCCCGCCAACCUCGUGGUCAUCAUGGGCACGCAGUACUAUGACGCCAGGGGAGGGGGAGGCGGGUCCGGGGGAGGCGCAUCUGCCGUCGCGGGUGGCAGCGGGGGCGGCAGGGUGGACUAUCCAGUGACUGACCUUCUGCAGAUGAUGGGGCGAGCGUCAAGGCCUGGCCUGGACGACGCUGGCAGGUGUGUGAUCUUCUGCCACUCGGCGCGCAAGGAGUAUUACAAAAAGUUCCUGCUGGAACCGCUCCCCGUCGAAUCCCACCUGGACCAGCACCUGCACGACCCCUUGAACGCGGAGGUCGUGGUGAGGACAGUCGAGAACAAGCAGGACGCAGUGGACUACCUGACCUGGUCCUUCCUGUACCGCCGCCUCACCCAAAACCCCAAUUACUACAACCUCACCGGCACCUCCCACCGCCACCUGAGUGAUCAUCUCUCCGAGCUCGUCGAAACGACCCUGUCGGAUUUGGAGGCUUCCAAGUGCGUGGCGAUAGAGGACGAUAUGGAUUUAUCUCCUCUCAACCUCGGGAUGAUCGCGGCUUACUACUACAUCUCUUACACCACGAUCGAGGCGUUUUCGGGCUCGCUGGGGCCGAAGACAAGGCUCAAGGGGUUGAUAGAGGUGGUGGCGAGUGCGAGCGAGUAUGGCGAGCUGCCCAUGCGGCCGGGCGAGGAGGAGCAGGUGCGCAAGAUGCUGCAUCACCAGCGCUUCGGCGUGGAGAAACCCAACCUCUCGGACCCUCACCUCAAGGCCAACGUGCUGCUGCAGGCGCACUUUGCUCGCCACGUUGUGACAGGCCCCCUAGCCCAGGACCAGCGCGCGGUGCUGAUGGAAGCUUCCAGGUUGCUGCAGGCCAUGGUGGACGUGCUCUCGAGCUCAGGCUGGUUGUCCCCUGCUCUCGCCGCCAUGGAGCUUAGCCAGAUGGUCACCCAGGGCCUAUGGGAGAAGGAUUCGCCGCUGCUGCAGCUGCCGCAUUUCACCAAGGAGCUAGCUGCCAAAUUUACAGCAAAGGGAAUCGAAUCCGUAUCCGAUCUCGUGGAUAUGGACGACGACGAGCGGGCGGCGGCGCUCGGCAUGUCUGAGGAGCAGCUGUCUGACGUGGCGCGCGUGUGCAAUCGCUUCCCGUCCAUCGAUCUCAACUACGACCUGAUCAACGGCCAGGAUGUGGCGGCAGGGGAGAACGUGGUGAUGCAGGUGACUCUCGAGAGGGACAUCGAGCCUGGACAGGAGCUAGGUCCGGUGGAUGCGCCGCGCUUUCCCAAGCCUAAGGACGAGGGUUGGUGGCUCGUGGUUGGGGACCCAAAGACCAAUCAGCUAUUGGCCAUUAAGCGAACGGCGCUCCAGCGAAAGGCAAAGGUUAAGCUUGAAUUCGCAGCGCCUGGAGGAGAAGGGGAGAAGGGCGGGGGCAGUGGGGAGGGGAAGAAGGAUCUGAUGCUGUAUUUCAUGUGCGAUUCGUACUUAGGGUGCGAUCAGGAGUAUGAGUUCAGUCUGAAUGUGGAAGGGGGGGUGAUGGAUGAGGAGGAUUAG